AUGUGUGCGCAUCCUGUCCCCAAAACAAAUUCUGGUGUUGUGAAUUCCACAGCCUUGCAGAUAGAAGCUGCGCCCCGAUGUGUAGAUGGACCAGAUGGCCGAGGCACUUGGAGCAUAUUAUACAGAUGUCUCUGUACAUUGCUGGCUUGCGUUUAUACAGCGAUUCAUCUUAACGUUCCACCCGAGAAUGAAGAAAAAGCUGCAGGGUUUGUAAGAAAAGUAAAGUGGAUAAUGAUCGCUCUAUUCGCAGCUGAAAUAGUGGUAUACACUGCCUUCGAGCAAUACUAUCUCGGCGUUCAAAGACAGAUCCAAAAGCUCCACCAAAUCGGACUUUGA